AAAAGUCACUGUUUGGUGCGCAUUAUGGUCUGGUGGAGUUAUCGGGCCGUAUUUCUUUGAAAAUGAGGACGGCGAGACGGUAACUGUGAAUGGUGAGCGCUAUGGCCGCAUGUUAACCGAUUUUUUUUGCCACAAUUUGAAGAUAUGGAUACGGAUGACAUGUGGUUUCAGCAGGACGGCGCCACGUGCCACACAACACGACCGAACAUGGCCAUAUUGCGAACGAAAUUUGAGGGACGUAUAAUUUCGCGUUUUGGUGAUGCCAAUUGGCCGUCCAGAUCAUGUGAUUUGAACCCGCUAGACUUUAUUUUGUGGGGUUAUGCGAAAGACCGUGUCUAUGCCAACUCUCCGUAAACUCUUGAACAUUUGAAUGACAACAUUCGUGAAGUUAUGACCGAGAUACCGCCCCAGAUACCGCCAAAAUGACUUUUGUCAAAAAUGUAUUACAUUUGAACUACUGGAGCGAUUCAGAUGAUCGACAUGUCGAAUUAAAGCCUACUAGCUAGCUUUUUUUGAAAAAAUAACAUACUUGCCAAUUAAUUGGAUUAUAGUCACAUACAUCCAGUCUAGUCACAUAGAAAUAUUGAACGAAAACUGAAAACAUGUUAACUUUGAAAAAUCAUAACUUAAAAACGAAAAAUAACACCUCUCUGGUAUUCGAAUAUAUUUUGUGUGAAAACCUCAGCUUUCAGGAAAAAAUUGAAUAAAAUAUGGCGCCCUUGGUCCCGAAACGAUGUAAGCUAUAAAAAACAAAUAUAAUCAAUAAUUACGAAAACAAAAUCUAUUUUCAUUCAGAAUGUAAUUUUUUUUUCAAACAAGAUUAGCUCAUUGGCUUUAAUUUGAUAUAACGAUCAUCUAAAUCGGUUCGGUAGAUCAAAAGUUAUGAUUUUUUGUAGUGGAAAAAUGGAAAAAAAUGAUUUUUUGGACCAUUGAUUAACUUUGAAAAAUCAUGACUCAAAAACGAAAAAAACGCCUCCCUAGUUUCGAGAAUGUUAUGUGAAAAAUUCUCAGCUUCAAUUCGAGAUUACUUCGAGAUUGCAGCGAAUUCAUGAAUGAAAAUAUUUUGAUUAGCCAACUAGGACUUAAACCCAACAUCGACAGCCUAUCAGCAGUCCCACUGUUCUACUUUUCUACAAUCAGUUCAAUUUAUGCGUGAACUUGGAUCGGUACUCUUUCCGUUUUGUUUUCUUGUGCGCUCCAGUUGAUUGAUCAUGGCUGGAAAGGUGUUUAAUUUAUUGCUUUUCAUAAGCCUUGCAUUUUUUGGACAAAGUCCAUUCCAGGUUUUCGCUGAGAACGGAACGACUGAUGCUGAUACUUUCAGUGAGGAUUCAAACAUUCCGGUUUUUGUGCGAAGCAAGUUUAAUUUGAGGAUUUGGUCCACUACGGAUGUAACGACGGUGGAGCAGAGUGGGAAUCAAACUGCCUCGACAACAACGGCGGGAGAAAACGGGAAAUUGAACGAUGGAAUAACCACAACAGAGCUGCCUACAACCCAAGUGCCAACGGAGAUUACCACGGCGAAACGGAAACAACGCAAACUGUCCUCAUCGGGAUGCGGUGAACGGAUUGGGAAUAGUGUUCCGUGGAUUGCCAUUUUGGAGCACACGAAUCCGAAAGGAGGUGGCCGGAAGAAAACACUCAGCAAGGGAGUACUAAUCGAUGAUCGUCAUGUGUUGACUACUAUUUCUAGUAUCCACAAUUCAUAUCCUUUCUGGGUGGUGACGGGAAUCAGACUCGGAGACUUUCCCACGUUGCCUUUUUUCGAAGGUGGUGGCAGAUCGACGAACGAAAGAAAAUCCGAUGUGUUAUCGAUACCGGUGAAGAAUGUGUUCCUUCAUGAGAGGAAGGAUAUUGCGGUUAUUCGACUGGCAGAGCGUGUGAACGCGACGGAAAAGAUUCGUCCCGUUUGCUUGCCAACGAACGAUCGCUUUAACUACACCGAGCUUCAUGUUCAUUUGUGCUUCAAGGACAAAUACGAGUUCGGGAGAAUGAAUACCUCUAGUAAGCUUGUUUCAGUGACAUCCCUGGCACAGAAGGAUUGUCAAAUUUUGUUCCGAAGACACCAGGCAGAGUUGGGUCCAAAAGAGUUUUGUGUCUGGGAUGAAACAGGUGACGACUGCACGGGAGAUUUGGGUGGCCCGCUUGUGACGACGCUCGGUGGGAGAUUUCAUGUGGUUGGUUUGAACUCUUACGCGCUCGCAAAGUCUAAAAUUGGCAGCGAGGGAUUACCGGGGGUAUAUGUUCGAGUUGGAUCUUUCAACAAAUGGAUACAGGCGGUGCUGAAAACUGAGUUUGAUGAUAGUUAGUGUUUGACACGUGUCCGAAUGUUGUUUAUUACCUUUCCAUUGAAUGUAUGAGUUUUGUUUUGAACGAACUAUAUUCCACUGAAACUGGCACCGAUAUUACCGA